GGCGUCAGGCCGCGGGAGCCGCUCUCCCUUAAAGGCGCGCGUGGGAACGUGGGUGCAAGACGGGGUCGGUCCAUCCGGGCUGGCUUGCGGCGACAUGGCGCAAAGGGCCUUCCCGAAUCCCUAUGCCGAUUAUAACAAAUCCCUGGCCGAAGGCUACUUUGAUUCUGCUGGGAGGCUGAUGCCCGAGUUCUCCCAACGCUUGACCAAUAAGAUUCGAGAACUACUUCAGCAAAUGGAGAGAGGCCUAAAGUCAGCAGACCCUCGCGAUGGCACUGCUUACACUGGCUGGGCAGGUAUUGCUGUGCUUUACUUACAUCUCUACGAUGUUUUCGGGGACCCUGCCUACCUGCAGAUGGCACAUGGCUAUGUAAAGCAGAGUCUGAACUGUUUGACCAAACGUUCCAUCACCUUCCUUUGCGGCGAUGCAGGCCCACUGGCAGUUGCCGCUGUGCUGUAUCACAAGAUGAACAAUGAGAAGCAGGCAGAAGAUUGCAUCGCAAGGCUAAUUCACCUAAAUAAGAUUGAUCCCCACGCUCCAAGUGAAAUGCUGUAUGGACGAAUGGGCUACAUUUAUGCUCUUCUCUUUGUCAAUAAGAACUUUGGAGAGGAGAAGAUUCCUCAAAGCCACAUUCAGCAGAUUUGUGAGACAGUUUUAACAUCUGGAGAAAACCUAGCUAGGAAGAGAAACUUUACAGGAAAGACUCCACUUAUGUAUGAAUGGUACCAGGAAUAUUAUGUGGGGGCUGCCCAUGGCCUAGCAGGAAUUUAUUACUAUCUGAUGCAGCCCAGCCUUCAAGUAAGCCAAGGGAAGUUGCAUAAUUUGGUCAAACCCAGUGUGGACUACGUCUGCCAGCUGAAAUUCCCUUCUGGUAAUUACCCUCCCUGUGUGGGUGAUAGUCGAGAUCUGCUUGUCCACUGGUGCCAUGGUGCCCCUGGGGUGAUCUACAUGCUCAUCCAGGCCUAUAAGGUAUUCAAGGAGGAGCAGUACCUUGUUGAUGCCUAUCAGUGCACAGAUGUGAUCUGGCAGUACGGGCUGUUGAAGAAAGGAUACGGGCUGUGCCAUGGUGCCGCAGGGAACGCCUAUGCCUUCCUGACGCUGUACAACCUCACACAGGACAUGAAGUGCCUGUACAGGGCCUGCAAGUUUGCAGAAUGGUGCUUAGACUAUGGAGAACAUGGAUGCAGAACACCGGACACUCCUUUCUCCCUUUUCGAAGGAAUGGCUGGAACAAUUUAUUUCCUGGCUGAUCUGUUAGUCCCCACGAAAGCCAAGUUCCCUGCAUUUGAACUUUGAAAGGAAAGCAUGCCUCCUGCAACUUAAGCAUGAUCAUCUAGGCUGUGCAUUUGAACCUGGCUGUAUGCUUUUGUGCUUCUCAAGCAAACACAAAAUCAAAGGUGUUCUUGGUCGGUAUUUUCUUUCAAAACUUCUCUUUAGUUCAGUUUCUUAUUUUGGCAUUUGUAUUUAUUUAAAAGUAUCUGUGAGGAAAUCCUUUAACUUCUGUUUCCUGCUCAAGAAGGGAUGUGCUGUAUUUGGAGGUCAUACACAUUUAUUUCAGAACUUGGAGAAAAUUAAGUUUAUAAUUGUAACCAUCUGUUACAGUUCCAAAAAUGUUCUUGAAAGAAACUGUAGAUAAACCAAGGUAAAUGUAGGACCAUUGUGCCCUCUCCUCUCCUCUUUAACAUCUCUCCUCUAAUAAGGAGGCCAAACACCUUCUGUGUGACUCAGUUUCUAUAAGUAGUUGGUUAUAAAAGGGGACAAAACUUUAACUAUAUUCUUCAGGAAGAACAGUACUCAAGUCACACAAACUCUACCAAGGACCUAAAUACCAUUUUUGAAAUGUCUGCUGCUUACAUAGAUUAGAGAUAAACAUAACUUUGAAGUUUUGACUUUUUUUGUCUGUGAGGCUCUGUAAGCCAACAUUUUUAUCAAAAACUUUUAAAAUGUGCUAUUGUGAAAAUUCUCAUGUGGAAGUUAGUUCAAGAUAAGCUAACAAUAACAGUUUAUUCUUUCUCUGAAAUAACCUAGUAUUUUGGAACUGUUUACAUAUAUCUGUCUCUGCUUUAGUAUUGAGGUCAGUAAAUUGUGUGUGACAUAGGAUUCCAGUCCACCCUAUUCUCAAUUUCCCCUGGUAUUUAACUUUACAUGGAAAUAUGACUGUCCUUUAGUCCUAGAUAUUAUGGAAAAGCCAUAAAACAUUUUGCCUCCUAUCAAUUUAUCAGAAAAAAAUAGCCUUUUUGCUAAAUAGUACAGCAAUAGAAUUUUAUAGAAUUUUAUUUUUAAAUGUAGACAGAAAAGGGAAUUCUAUAUAGUCAAUAACUUGAGUACAAACACUAAACUUCUGGUAAAAAAGCUGUUCAUCUUUGAGGUAAAAUCUAGAAUUCAUGCUUAAACAAAUGAAUCUUUUCACUGCUAGGCUAAACAAUAUAAUUUCUGAGACCAAAGAAUUAGACUGGAUUUGGCAGGUGAAGACUCUGGUGCUUCAAAUUCUGCCUGGAAGUUUAGACUCAGCAGCCCUAUUUCUCCUCCUUAUAUUGCUGCCAAUCCCAAGGUCCACUGUGUCUCUUUUUGAUUGAUUUUGGAAUAUCUUAUAGCUCUAAAAACAUAGGAUAUAAGAAAUUUUAAUGUGCCUAUUUCAGGGAUCUCUUAGUCACAAAACGAUGCAAUUUUUAGAAUAUUGUGGAGCUAUCCACCAAAUCCACAUUGAGUAUAUGCUGGUUCCGGUGGGGACCCACCCAUCCUUUGUUACUUUCCAUUUAGUAACAAAAUAGCUAGUAUUACUGAAAAUUAUCUGACCUGUUAGAGGCUACUGCCAGUAGGAUCUAAAAAGCAGCCCACUGCUCAGUUCCUGGGAUUAGCAUAUUCACUCUGUGACCUGUGUAAAUCAGAGACUUGAGCCUCUCUGAUUUCUGAAGUGCUGUGGAAAGCUGAGUGCAAGCUUUGGAUCAACACUGUCAGCAUUUAUAGUAACAGGUCAAAGUAGAGCGUGGCAAACCGACUUUGCCUUUGGCUGCGCGUCAAACUUGAAAGCAUAAAGCUCAUUUGGUGUAAUUGAGUGUCUUCCCACACUGUGCCUGUACUUUUAGCUACCACUGUACUAAGAGGGAAAAGAAAAAAACUACACAUUCCAUGUUAAAGAGAUUUGAUUACAGUGGUUGAAGUAUCCAGAUUAGUUUAACCCAAAGAAAAUGUCUAAGCAGGAAAAAGAAAAUUUCAAAUACAAUUCUUAGAAAUCAUUAUCAAUACAAACACAACUCAGAUUUCUUUCCUCUUUUUUCAUUUUUUUAAGACUUUUUAAACUAUCAAGAUUUUGCAUUCAUGCCAUUGCCUGUGUUUUUUAUGCUUAACGGCUAAGAGAGCAUUGAUAGGAUUUAAAACUCAGGCAGAUACUACGAAGAGCAGUACCUUAACAUUGUGGAAUGACUGAAGAAAACUUCACACUGGCUUUAUUAAUUUUGAAAGGCACAUUUUUCCUAAUUUUUUUUCUUCAUAGAAGAAAACUUUGCAAAAGCCCAAUACCAUCUCUUAUCUCCAUGCAGACUAGGUAAUGCAGGCUUCAAAGCUUGUCCAGCAAUGUUCGUUUAUGUGUUAUGUUUCUGUUCACACAGUAAUGGGAAAUUGCAGUAGUUAACUUUUGAUCACAUUAACAGCUGUUAACAUCCUUGGGGCCACCUCCAUGGAUCCUGUUGGGCUUUAGUACCUCCCAGUUGUCAGUCUUUAAUCCUUAGAGCCAUUUACUCCCCUUUCAUCUUUGAUGUCAGUCAUUUGGCAUCAAAGCCUUCAUGGCAGGCAGGGUUUUAAGUAAAAGUAAAUGUAAGGCCAAUUGCUCCCCAUAUUACCACUCCCCUAAAUGACUGAACUAAAAGAUAUUCUCUGCUCCUGCAUGCUUGGGUUAACUUGGGUCUAAUCUUGUGAUGCCCUACCUUCUAUCAGCUGGUUCUGAAAUACAAAGAUUGAGCAUUUGUUGAAAUACUCCUGUAGUGAUGAGCGCUCAUCUGUAGUUCUGAAUUAGGCAAUCUGAAUUCUGAUUCCAUUUCUGCUUCCCCCAAACACCCCAGUCUUACAGAUCACAACACCCGAGUCCUGUAUUUUUUGUGCUGUUGAACUGUAGAACUAUUUUCUAUUUAUAGAUGGGAUGUUCAGGGAAACCACCCCAAUGUUACAUUGUCAUUUACUGGAAGGGCUGGAAUCACAGGUGUUUCUAUGUUCUUGUAAAGGAGCUGCACUGAUUCUCAAUAAAAUUUUAUUAGGACUA